AUGUCCAGCUUCUACGAGCUCGAAUCAAGGGAAGACAAGUUUAUAGGACGCCCAGCUGAAGCGGGACUCUUCUUGGACGAGCGACGCCGUGCUGCACUAGCGAAGGCUGAUUCUGCCAAGUUCUCAUGGUUCCACGCCAAAGUGUGCUGUGCAGCUGGUGUUGGCUUUUUCACUGAUGCAUACGACCUUUUCGCGAUCAACAUCGCUUCCACGAUGUUGGGCUACGUCUAUGGAAGCGGUACGAUUAAGUUCCUGCCGAAAUACCUCCCCUAUCUCAACAGGAAUCAGGAUCUCUGUGUAAAGGUUGCGGGCCCAGUUGGAAGUCUUUUUGGUCAGCUCCUCUUUGGUUGGUUGGCCGAUACCCUUGGUCGUAAACGGAUGUACGGCUUGGAACUGUCAAUGAUGAUAUUCGCCACUUUUGCUCAAGCCGUCUCUGGGAGCUCUACCGCCAUCUCAAUCAUUGCCGCUCUCACCAUGUGGCGUUUCAUCAUGGGGGUCGCCAUUGGUGGCGAUUACCCACUUAGCGCGAUAAUAACGUCGGAGUUUGCGCCCGCGAAAAUUCGUGGUCGUAUGAUGACCGUCGUCUUUGCGGCUCAGGGAUGGGGAAAUUUUACUGCUGCCCUCACUGGGUUUAUCAUCACUGCUGCUUUCAAGACCACCAUUCUCCGUGAAUCUGCCAUGACGAAUCUUGCAUCUAUUGAUUACAUGUGGCGAAUCCUCAUUGGCCUUGGCUGUGUACCAGGGGUCAUCGCUCUUUAUUUUCGUCUUACUAUCCCAGAAACUCCUCGUUUUACCAUGGACAUUGAACGCAACAUCAAUCAAGCCUCCGCUGACAUCGAGACUAUCUUGGACACAAAUAAUCCUCCGCCCGAGGAGCAAAAUAUUAUCCGCAUUGAGACCCCGAGGGGAACCUGGUCAGAUUUUAUUGCUCAUUUUAGCCAACGUUCCAACUUCCAAGUCCUUUUUGGAGCUGCUUACUCGUGGUUCGCUCUCGAUAUUGCUUUUUAUGGCUUGGGUCUCAAUUCCGGUAUCAUUUUACAAGCCAUUGGUUUCGGUACCCCAGUGACGCAAGGUGUUCCUGGUGUUUACCAAAACUUGAAGAAUAUCUGUGUUGGCAACCUAAUUCUCUCCGUGGCUGGACUAAUUCCCGGUUACUGGGCAUCAUUCUUUUUCAUUGACAAAUGGGGUCGUAAACCAAUCCAACUUCUGGGUUUCGCCAUGCUUACCAUUAUUCUCACUAUCAUGGGUUUCUGCUAUGAAUAUCUUACAGCGACAACCUCCGCAACCAAAGUAUUUGUCGUCCUCUACUGUCUUGCCAAUUUUUUUCAAAACUUUGGCCCCAACACUACCACUUUCAUCAUCCCGGGGGAAGUUUUUCCUACACGCUAUCGGUCCACCGCCCAUGGAAUUUCCGCAGCAAGCGGCAAACUUGGCGCUAUCAUCGCUCAAGUGGGUUUUGCUCAACUCAAAGAUAUCGGCGGUCCCAAUUCGUUUGUCAAGCACAUCUUGAAAAUCUUCGCUUUCUUCAUGCUAACAGGGAUACUAUCAACUCUCAUUUUACCUGAGACCAAGGGUAGGUCAUUGGAAGACCUUUCAAAUGAGAAACAGGAAGGCUUCGUGAAAGAAAACUUUUCGGCGUGGAACUGUCAGUUUAAUAGAGAACUUCGAAAUCACGAGUUCACUAGGUGACCAGAAAUUCGAAAAGCGGAGUUCAGUGUAUAUUCCCUUGAUGCUCAACGUGCGUUUACCUAUGAUGCUUCCGUUUUUGUUGUCAGAAUUAAGACAUGCAGGGCUGGGCUUUAUUGUAUAUAUACCUCUUCAGGCCAUACUAC